GAUUCUCAAAUUCAAUACUCACUUUCUUCUUCUCUUACCUUUUUUUUUUAUUAUUAUUUUUUUUUCCUCCUCUGCUCCGGCCGCCAUGGCGGACAGAGUCUACCCCAACGCCGUCGGCAAAGCCAAAACCAAUUCAAAUUCCAACGACAAUAUUAAUCCGACGGCCAACGCACCGCCCUUUCCUUCCACCAAAUCCCAACUCUAUGGCGCCUCCCGCCCCUCUUACCGUCCUCAACCCCACGAUCGCCGUCGCUCUCGCUGUUGCUCCAUCUGCAUCUGGCUGACGGCGAUCAUCGCCACCGUCAUCAUCCUCCUCGCCGUCGCCUCCACCGUCGUAUACCUAAUUUAUCGUCCACACCGCCCGUCCUUCUCCGUCAUUUCUCUCAAAAUCGAUUCCUUCAAAUUCACGUCCCCUUCACAACUCAAUUCCAAAUUCGACCUAAGUCUUGCCACUACAAACCCUAACAAGAAAGUCAAGUUCAUUUACGGUCCAAUUUCCGUCGCUGUCUUGUCGAACGGCGUUGAUCUCGGUGACGGAUCGCUCCCUGGGUUCGUGCACGAGAAGAGGAACACUACGAUAAUGAAGGUGACGUUGGAAAGCGGCGUCGGAGAGAUCGACGGCGAGCCGGUCGAUUCGUUGAAGGCGGCGAUGAAGAGCAAAGCCGGAUUGCCGUUGGAGAUUAAGGUGGAGACGAAAGUGAAGGUGAAAAUGGGAUGGUUGAAGACGCCGAAGGUUGGACUUAGGGUUAAUUGCGACGGAAUCACGGCGGGCGUUCCAACAGCGAAGAAGAAAACGGCGGUUGCUGCGGCGGUGGAGAAUGCAGAGUGUAAGGUGGAUUACAGAGUGAAGGUCUGGAAAUGGAUUGUUUGAAUUUUGAGACGAUGAUGCAAGAGAGGGAAUUUGAAGUUUCUUGUUUUUAUACUGUUUUUUUCCCUUCUUCCUCGUGAGUUAUUUUUUUCUUAUUUCUUUCCCUCAUUUGUUUGUUAAUUUCAAUUUUUUUUUUCUUAAUCACUGUAUUUUGUAAAUGAGAAUAUUUGGGAUAAUGUGUUAAUUACUA